GUCAGCGAGACAGUUGCCGUCUGCCCCAGUUGGAAUCUCUCUCUCUGUAUGCGCCAUUGCGGCGCCCGUGGGGCCCACCACGGCGCCGCCGGCAGCGCCACCAACCCCCUCCUCCACCUCCACCUUCCCACCGGCACUCCCCACGCCUGCUCCACGACGCUUAUGCGCUCGCACCCCCCUCUCGCCGCCCACCUCCGGCGCCUGCUCCACCUCUCGCCCUCCGCCCACCUCAUCAUCCGCCGCGCCAUGGCCUCCACCGCCGCCGCCGCGCAGGCGCAGCCAGGUGGCGUGCCGCCGGCGACCGCGGAGUACGAGGAGGUGCUGGGGCGGCUCUCCUCGCUCAUCACGCAGAAGGUGCGCGCGCACAGCGGCAACCGCGGCAACCAGUGGGACCUCAUGGCGCACUACGUCAAGAUUCUGGAGCUGGAGGAGCCGAUCGCGCGGAUGAAAGUAAUUCACGUUGCGGGGACCAAGGGGAAGGGUUCCACAUGCACAUUCACCGAGUCAAUCCUGCGAUCGUGUGGCUUCCAUACUGGGUUGUUCACCUCACCACAUUUGAUGGAUGUUAGGGAGCGAUUUCGCCUGGAUGGGGUUAAUAUUUCUGAAGAGAAAUUUUUGAAGUACUUUUGGUGGUGCUGGAACAAGUUGAAGGAGAAGACUGAUGAUGAUAUUCCCAUGCCAGCCUAUUUCAGGUUCCUCGCAUUGCUCGCGUUCAAGAUAUUUUCUGCUGAGCAGGUAGACGUUGCUGUUCUUGAGGUUGGCCUAGGAGGGAAGUUUGAUGCAACUAAUGUGGUUAAAGAACCUGUAGUUUGUGGAAUAUCUUCCCUUGGAUAUGAUCAUAUGGAAAUUCUUGGGAAUACGCUUGGAGAAAUCGCAGGGGAGAAAGCUGGGAUUUUCAAGAAAGGAGUUCCGGCCUAUACUGCUCCACAACCAGAAGAGGCAAUGGCGGCUCUCAAACAAAGAGCUUCGGAGUUGGGUAUCUCUCUCCAAGUCGCUGAUCCUCUGGAGCCCCAUCACUUAAAAGAUCAACAUCUUGGACUCCAUGGCGAACAUCAAUAUAUAAAUGCUGGCCUUGCAGUUGCUUUGGCUAGUACGUGGCUUGAGAAGCAGGGACAUAAGGACAGGAUACCACUCAAUCGUACUGAUCCCUUGCCAGAUCAUUUUAUUAGAGGACUAUCAAGCGCUACUUUGCAAGGCCGAGCACAGAUUGUUCCAGAUUCACAAGUGAAUUCAGAAGAGAAGGACAAAGAUUGUUCGCUUGUUUUCUAUUUGGAUGGAGCGCACAGUCCUGAAAGUAUGGAAAUUUGUGCCAAGUGGUUUUCUCAUGCCACAAAGGAUGAUGGAAGACUACCAUCUUCCGUGGAGCAGUCUCAGACAUCUAGGUCUCAAAAGAUCCUUCUGUUCAAUUGCAUGUCUGUGAGAGAUCCAAUGAGACUGCUUCCUCAUCUCCUGGAUGCAUCAACUCAAAAUGGAGUGCACUUUGACAUGGCCCUAUUUGUGCCGAACCAAUCACAAUACAACAAGCUUGGUUCUAAUACUUCAGCUCCUGCGGAGCCUGAGCAAAUCGAUUUAUCAUGGCAGUUGUCACUCCAAACAGUGUGGGAGAAGUUACUUCAGGAUAAAGGUAUAAAUACUACAAAAUCUAGUGAUACUAGUCAAGUUUUUGAAUCGCUUCCACUCGCAAUCGACUGGCUAAGGAGAAAUGCCCAAGAAAACCAAUCCACUUCUUUCCAGGCAAUGGAGCAGACCCAACAGGGCGUUGCUGAUUAUUCCAAACCAUAAGUUCAGAAUGUUUUUCGGCCUCAAGUAAAGUUUGGAUAAGCUCUGAAUAAACUUGGAAACGUCUUUCACGGUAUUGUUGUUGAAGAAUCCUUUCAGAGGGAAGCAUAGUAGACAAAGUCUUUUCUAUCUUAUCCGCAUCUGUAGGUUCUUUCUCGCAGAAUUGCAAUUUUGAGCAAAUCCUAUGGACAGCAUGAUUGUAGUCACUCACAGUUUUGAAAUCCUGUAAGCGAAGUUGCGUCCACUCAUAGUUGGCCGCGGGCAAGACAAGUGCCUUUUGCUGUUCAUAGCGUUGCUUAAGUGAAGUCCAUAGAUUGUGUGGAUUUUCUUCCAACAAAUAUUCAGCCUUAAGAUCAGGGUGAAUGUGGCUCCUAAUAAGGUAUAGGGCUGUAUAAACGUGUUGAUCUUCAAGCGGUGCAACCCCAUCUUCGGGUGGUAACACAGCUCGAUAAAGUCCACGGGACGAAAGACUAACUUUUACGUCUAUAGCCCAUGUGGGAUAAUUGUGGCCGUCUAGAGCUAGUAAUUCAAACUCUUUGACAGUCA